AUGGCAGCGGCGCUGCGCGCCCGGCUCCGCUCGCCUCUGCUGCCGCGGCCCGCGGGGCUCGGGUGCCGGCCCGGCUCGCUGGGAGCCGCCAUGCAGCAGCCCCUGGCUGCCCCGGGCGGCCCCGCGGGCGGCCGGCCCUGGCUGGGCGCGCUGCGCUUCGACAACCUGGCGCUGCGCUCGCUGCCGGUGGACGCCUCGGAGGACGCGGGGCCGCGGGCCGUGCCCGGCGCCUGCUUCUGCCGAGUGCGGCCCAGCCCGCUGCAGGGCCCGCGGCUCGUGGCCAUGUCGCUGCCGGCGCUGGCGCUGCUGGGGCUGGAGGCGCCCGCGGCCGGUCGGGAGGCGGAAGCGGAGGCCGAGGCGGCCCUGUACUUCAGCGGGAACCGGCUGCUGGCGGGCUCGGAGCCGGCCGCGCACUGCUACUGCGGGCACCAGUUCGGCAGCUUCGCGGGGCAGCUGGGGGACGGCGCCGCCAUGUACCUGGGCGAGGUGCUGGGCCCGCGGGGAGAGCGCUGGGAGAUGCAGCUGAAGGGCGCCGGCCUCACCCCCUUCUCUCGACAAGCUGAUGGCCGGAAGGUCCUGCGGUCCAGCAUACGGGAGUUCCUGUGCAGUGAGGCCAUGUUUCACCUGGGAAUACCAACAACGAGGGCUGGCACGUGUGUGACAUCUGACUCAAAAGUUGUCCGUGACAUAUUUUAUGAUGGGAAUCCAAAAAGUGAAAGGUGUACAGUUGUUCUGAGAAUAGCUUCUACGUUUAUAAGAUUUGGUUCUUUUGAAAUUUUUAAGCCUCCUGAUGAAUACACAGGACGCAAGGGUCCCAGUGUUAACCGAAAUGAUAUUCGGAUACAGAUGCUUGAUUAUGUGAUCAGCACUUUCUAUCCAGAAAUCCAGGAGGCUUAUUCAGACAACAGUAUUCAGAGGAAUGCUGCUUUCUUCAAAGAGAUAACAAAACGGACAGCGAGACUGGUUGCUGAGUGGCAGUGUGUUGGGUUUUGCCAUGGGGUGCUGAACACAGACAACAUGAGCAUCGUUGGACUGACCAUUGACUACGGCCCUUUUGGGUUUAUGGACAGAUAUGACCCUGAGCACAUUUGCAAUGGUUCUGAUAAUACAGGGCGAUAUGCUUACAACAAGCAGCCAGAGAUUUGCAAGUGGAACCUGGGGAAGCUGGCUGAAGCUCUAGUUCCAGAACUGCCCUUGGAAAUAAGUGAACUCAUCCUGGAGGAGGAAUAUGAUGCAGAAUAUGAAAAAUAUUAUUUGCAGAAGAUGAGGAAGAAACUAGGCCUAAUCCAGCUGGAAUUAGAAGAAGACAGUAAAUUGGUAUCUGAGCUCCUCGAAACCAUGCAUCUCACAGGUGGAGACUUCACAAAUAUUUUCUUUUUGCUGAGUUCAUUCACAGUGGACUCUGGUCCUUCAGAACUGGAAGAUUUCUUAGAAAAGCUUACAAGUCAGUGUGCCUCUGUGGAAGAACUGAAAAUUGCUUUCAAACCACAGAUGGAUCCAAGACAACUGUCAAUGAUGCUAAUGUUGGCUCAGUCCAAUCCUCAGCUGUUUGCAUUAAUUGGAACAAAAGCUAAUAUCAAUAAAGAAUUAGAACGCAUUGAACAAUUCUCUAAACUGCAACAGUUAACAGCAGAUGAUUUACUAAGCAGAAAUAAAAGACACUGGAAAGAAUGGCUGGAGAAAUACAGAGGCCGUUUGCAAAAAGAAAUAGAAAGUGUUAGUAAUGCUGAUACCUGGAGUACUGAUCAUGUGAAGGUCAUGAACUCAAACAAUCCAAAAUAUAUCUUGAGAAAUUACAUUGCCCAGAAUGCCAUAGAAGCAGCUGAAAAUGGAGAUUUCUCAGAGGUAAGAAAUGUACUGAAACUUUUGGAGAAUCCUUUCCAAGAAGCAGAAGAUUUCAGGGAGGUAAAGGAAGAUGCAGAAGAGGAGGGAGCAAGUGCUACAGCAGCUGCUUGUGCUCAGGAGACCAGGAGCAGACUACCAUACUGCAGUAAGCCCCCACUGUGGGCUUCAGAGCUCUGUGUUACAUGAUCUUCAUAACUGCCUUGUUUUGUUUUUUGCUGUGAGCGGAAGGUCUGACCCUCCUUCAACAGUGAAGAAUUCAGCAAGGCAAACAGCAAAGUGCUAUUAAGUUGUGGAAACAACCCUGCAUUUGGAUGCAUCUGGAACAGUCUUCAGCUGUGCUUAAUUUGAAGCAAUCAUGGACAAACCAAUGACAAUCAGCAGUUCAUAUACAUCAGUAAUUUAAUUGCUUGGAGGCUGAGUGUCUUUCCUUUAUUCAUAUUGCAUUGCAAGUAGAAAGCAAUCUUUUCUGUUGAGGCAGGCUGAAUUUCAAACAUCCAAAUGGAGUUGUUACGUGAAGACAAAAAUAGCAAGUCAGGAAUCUGAUCUGUUUUUGUCUGAUGUCUUAACUAAUAGUACUUGUAACAUUUAUUUCAUGCUUUCUCUAUGCAGGGACUUGUAGUCCCCUUUAAUGGAGGAAUAGAUUCAGUGUUGCUUGUUUGAAGCUAUGUUUCAUUUAAUUAAGCAGUUCAUUUCUUGUGAACCUUUAGAUUGAUACUUAAUCAUUAUCUGUUUUCAGAGAAUUUGUGCAGACUAGGGUUUGGGGGAGCAAUUGAAUUUUUUAAAAUACAUCAAUAGCAGAAUUAAGGGAGACUGUACAUCUGCACUUGAAAAUCUUGGUGGUAAAGUUAAUUCAGGUUCACUAUGUUUGCAUGCAACAUGUGCAAAUAUUUAUUGAAGUCAUGGGUGCAGUUUGUAAGCCAAUUGACUGGGGCAAGGUCAGUUAGCCAAAUGAAUGUGAACCUUCAGCUGCCCCAGUCCUCAAAUCCAGGCUCAUUGUCUAUUUGUGUACUCUUUAACAGAGUCUCCUGCCAUCAGAAGCAUGGGGGGGGCGGUGUGAGUUACCUGUUUGUUCACAUGGGUCAGAGUCUUCCAUUCCCACUCUGUCCUUGUACCACUUACUUUGCUUCCAUGGUCUUUGAAAAUCUUUACACAGAAAGUUGCUGUUCACCAAGGAAGGUGGUAUGGAGGAGAUGGGAGCUGACUUGCUUGCAGGUUACUUAUUGCUGGUGUUUCAGUUGAGGUUUCAGGGGAAAGUUGGCUGCUAUUAUUGCCACACCAGCAAAAAAAAAUUGUUCUGUAGUUGGUCAUUACUUGACUUCGUGAACUUCUUUCUAAAGGACUCUGUUCCUGGUUUAGAUACCUGCAACCUUGGGAAAAGUUUGUUUUAAUGCAAAGGUUUUUCUUCUUCAAAGAGACCACUGUCUUACACUGUGGGUAUAAAUAUAGUCCAAUAAAAUUCUUCCUCCACCCCUGUAUAAGCUUGGUAUUAGCUCAGGUUGAAUUGUGCUCUUUUAAGUCUUCCUACAAGCUAUGGAAAAACAGAACAGUUGGGCUGCUGCUUAUCCAUCUGUACUAACAAUCUGUCCUCCUUGCUGCCACAGUAAACAGGUGAUGCUUUGAAUGUAAACAGUCCUUCUGUUUUGCCUUUGACCUGGAGAAACUAAUUCCAAAUAAUUGUGACAAACUAGAGUCUCUGACAGACACGGCCCUUCCUGUGACAUUUUGGAGCCCUUAUAUAAAAGGACAAACUUGAAGGUGUAUUUACCUGGUCCAUGGAAAGAGGUACCUUGAAGCAGUGGGCAACAAAUAAUGCCAGCUGCACAGCUGGUUGACUUCUGGAAAUAAUCCAUUUUUUUAUCAGUUUCAGACUUGUCAUCAGGCAUUAUUUUCCCUCUGAACUUGGGGGUCCCAGAACCAAACUGCUUAAUGGAAACAUUAGCAGAAAGUCAGUGCUGGGUAAAAAGGACUGCGCUGGGGAGGGAUGGGGAAGGGAAGUGUGCUGCCAGUUUGAAGACACUUCAAACAAACUCCCGAUGGAUUUGCAGAGCCACUGGGCUUUUAUGCUCUGCCUGGUCCAGAAGGGAGUAAUGGGGGGAAGCUGGACCCCCUGGUCCAUAUAACCCUGUGCUGAUUUUGUUUCUUAAUUUCUAUCUUUGCUUUCUGAAGGCAGAAAGGACCAGUGUUUUGGAGGAGCUCUGCCCAAGCUUUUAUUGUUAACAGAAUGAUCUGAAAAGUAAUGAUUUUAAACCACACCUAAGGAAUCAAGUCUUUUUAACAGCAUUCUGGUAUUAGUUUGGAGCAUUUGAUUGUAACCGCUAUUAAUAAUGGUAUGGAGGAUAAUUAUAUUAUAACUCUGUGUUUGGACAUAGGAGAACUUGAAUUAACUACCAAAUUAUUUUGCAUGUAAAUAUGCAAAGUAUUUUGCACCUAUAAUGCCAAAAUCAUAGAGAGAGAUAUACUUUGAAACAAUUUGCUAGCAAUAUUUUCCUGAAAAAGAGAAAUUGAAUGCAACAGCGAGGAAGGAAAAUGUGAUGUCAUUUCCUGCUAAAUACGUAUUUUGCUUACAUGUAGAUCAAAUGCAUGAGCUUGAGGAGUUUAGGAAUGCAGACCCUUGGGGUGGCUGCUGGGAUGUGCCACUCAGAGUUACAUUUGUGCCAGAUGCAGUGUGUUCACUGGCUCCUGGAAGAACUAGGAGGGUGUUCACAUAGUUUGACUGCACUGACCCUUAACUGCUCAGUUUCUCACUGCAGGCAAUAAUCAGUGCUUUGUGUUUGAAGGGUGAUCAUCAGAAGCCAAGUGGAAUGCUUGUGCUCUUCCAGCACCCUCAUUGCAAAAGGUGGACAGGAGUUUCAGCUCUGAUUGAUAGUGAGUUUCUUCAUUCUCAUUCCUGGAGCAGUGUGGAAGCAGGAAGUUGUUCAGGACAAUUAGACCAAAUUUUGUCCAGGUGACAACUUUACCUGUCUCUUAGCUCAGUUCUUCAGAGAGAAGGGAAUACAGCUUAUGGCAUUUGGGGGUCUAAAUACUUGAAUAAUAAAUUGCUUCUUGAUUUUUACAGCUCGCAUUUGCAAUAGGUAAACCUGAAUGUGAUAUUUUUCAUUCACCAUAUAUUCCACUUGUAUAAAAGCCAUGGAGUUGUGCUCAAAAUGAACUGGUGAUUCUUCACAUCAACAGCUUUCUGUGGGAACACUUGAUUAGACCGAGUCUGUGGUUGUGUAGCCUGAACUACCGUUGCAUAAAAAAAAGUCGUACCCAGAUUGCAAAACUGAAAUAAGAAGCUCUUGGGAAUGGGUCUCUGGAUAGUCUCACAUGGCAGUGGGACUCCACUCAUGACUUAACAAGAUUUCACCAUAACUCUGCUUCAUGAGCUUGUGAAUUUACAACUACUGAAUAGUUUUAUUGCUAGCUCUCACUUUGGAAUGUUUUUUUGGGGGUUUUUUUGGUUAUGGGAUGGGGUUUUGGUUGUUGUUUUGGGGUUGUUUUUUUGUUUGUUUCCAAACAAGUGUUAUGCUUUCAUUAGUUGUUUUAUUAAAAAAAAUUAAAAAUUAAAAGAUGAAAUUUUAA